CGCUCACCGAGCAAGCCACAGAUCGCCAGAACCACGACAGACAGACGACGAGCCUUCUCUUUGUGCAAUCCUCUGACAGAACACCAAUCAGCAUUCCUGUCCGGAGAUCCAGACAGAAGGGCUAGAGGAGGAAACAUGGCCGAAGGAGAAGCUCCAGCAUCAGCACCAGCACGCACACGGGGAGGCGGAGGCGGUAGAGGGCGCGGCCAGAGCCGAGGACGUGGCCGGGGACGAGGAGGAGGAGAAGAGGCCCAUGGAGGGCGGCGUGGUGGUGGCCGGGGCGGGCACCGUGGUGUUGAUGGACAUGCGGCCUCCGCGGGAGAAGCGCAAGCCCGGCCGCUGGUGAAGAGUGCUGCUCCUCCUGUCGCGGGAGAGAAAGCCAAGGAGGGAGAGGAGGGUGAGGAUGUCGAGGCCGAGGUGUGCUUCAUCUGCGCGUCCCCCGUGGUGCAUAAUUCGGUGGCGCCGUGCAAUCACCGCACAUGUCAUAUCUGCGCUCUGCGUAUGAGGGCUUUGUAUAAGACGAAGGAUUGCGCGCAUUGUAGGACACCAGCAGCAUUUGUGAUCUUCACGGAUGAUGCCACGAAGCGAUAUGAGGACUUCUCGGAUGCCGACAUCACGUUUGCAGAUACAAAUAACGGGAUCCGUUAUGAGAGCAAUGAGAUCAUGGAAGAUACGGUCCUGCUUUUGAGGUACAAUUGUCCCGAUGAGAGCUGUGAUGUUGCGUGUCUGGGCUGGCCGGACUUGCAUCGCCAUGUGAGGGCCGUGCAUCAUAAGAAGAUCUGUGAUCUGUGCUCCCGGCACAAGAAGGUUUUUACCCACGAACACGAGUUAUUCACGGACCAGGAGUUAAAUCGGCAUAUGCGGAAAGGAGACGAUCACCCUGGAGCCAUCGAUCAGAGUGGUUUCAAGGGCCAUCCUGAGUGUGGAUUCUGUCGGCAGAGAUUCUACGGGGACGAUGAGCUAUACGUUCAUUGUAGGGAGAGGCAUGAGCGCUGCUUUAUCUGUGACCGCAGAGGAGGCCAACCCCAGUACUAUGUUGACUAUAAUAGUCUGGAGCUGCAUUUUAGGAAGGACCAUUUCCUCUGCCCCGAGCAGUCCUGUUUGGACAAGAAGUUCAUCGUUUUCCCUUCGGAGAUCGAUCUAAAGGCACACCAGCUGGAGGAGCAUGGAAAUACACUGUCGAAGGACGUACGGAGAGACGCAAGAGUGGUAGAUAUAUCGUCCUUUGACUAUCGAGCUCCAUACAUACAGGAGAGGAGAGGAGGAAGUCAAAGAGAGCAGCGGGAAGGCCGUGGGCGGGGCAGAGGGCGAGAUCCCAACUCGGAGCCAAUACCCACCUCGAGUGCUCAACCCCUACCACGUGAUCAGCAAGCUUUCCAACGCCAGCUAGCCAUCCACAGCGCGCAAUCAGUAUCGACACGUACUUUUGGCGGCCAAUUGACCUCCGCACCUACACCACCUGCAGCACGAGCUCCAGCAAAUGCACCACCGCCUCCUUCUAUUACAGUUCCUCGUCCGUCGUCAUCCGCCGUUGGGGAGGCUACUUCCUCCCACCAAGGCCCCAAUCUGGCAGACUUGACACCGCAAGAGCAGGCCCGUCAACUUCGCCAUCGCGGCGUAAUUGAACGGGCCAGCAUUCUCCUUCAAAAUGACCAAGCCAACAUGAACAAAUUCAGGAAUCUGAUCUCCGCGUACAAAUCAUCAUCUAUCAACGCUAACGCCCUCAUCAAUUCCUUCUUCGCGCUUUUCGCUGAUACAUCAUCCAACGCCCUUGGUACUCUCAUCAGAGAAGUUGCGGAUCUGUAUGAGGAUAAGAAGAAGGCCGACGGCUUGAGAACGGCAUGGAAUGAUUGGCGUGCUAUCAACGAGGAUUAUCCUUCUCUGCCAGGUCCCUCGGUCGCCUCCGGAUCCCUUCCACUAGGCUGGGCUAGCACCAGCGGCGCUUCCUCCUCUUCGACAAAUGCUAACUCCACAGGGCCGAAGUCAACCCGGGUUCUUAAGCUGAAGAGCUCCACGGCCCAAUCAUCACGCUCCCCGGUCUCCCAGACACAGUCCUGGGGCACCGCCUCCAGCGUUUCAACUGACACCAACCGAUUCGCCUUCCCGGAACUCCCAUCAUCCAGCUCCCGUCCCCAAAAUAGUAGAAUUACAACCAUCCCCUGGGUGCCCUCCUCCUCCGCCUCCUCUUCAAACCCAAGCUCUGCACCAACGUCGCGCCCAACUUCUACGGCACCAGGAAGCAGUCGCAACAACGCACCUAAGGCCGGCAGAAUCUCAGCAGAUGCCUUCCCGUCCCUCCCCCCGGCGCAGAAACCCCAAAUGACACUCUUCGGCUACGGCUCAGGCCGGGCCGUUAUCCGCGACACUGGAAAACCAACAACGAGCAAUCCCUGGGCUGCAAACGGCAGUAGCUCCGAGCAGAACAGGGACGAGCACGCGGACGAGAACGGUGCCGACGAUGGAGGCAAAGGGAAGAAGAAGGGGAAUAAGGGGAAGAAGCAAGUGCUUAUGAAUUGGGGUUGAUGUGUCCGCGUCAUUAGAUGAAAAGUGAAUCGAGCAUCAUUGUAGAUAAAGACAGGGGAUGAACAAAAAAGUUUUCAAGUCACCCAAGAGAGGUGUGGGUGCGUCGAGUGACUGACUGUGGAUGUAUGUAUCUAUUCAUGAACCGUGGUUAGAGAAAAUGAAAAUGAAAAUGAAAUAGACUCAAAUAAAAGAGACAGAG